CCCGCCGAGCCCGGGGCGGGCACAUGGCGGCCGUGCUGCUGGGCCCGCCCCGGGGGGCGCCUCCCCGGGCACGGCUGCCAGGCUCCCCCGCCGGGCCUGCGGAGCGCGGCCGCUCCAGGGCGGGCUGGGGCUGCGGCAGCGGCAGCGCCUCGGGACAGCGGCUGAGGGCUCCGUGCGCCUGAGGGACGGGGGAAGCGAGCGGGUCGGGGGCGGCUGCAGGCGGGAGCGGUUGAAUGGCAGGACGAAUUACAGGGUUUGGGUUUUGUUGUGGUUUUCCUUUUCGCUGGGUCCCGUUCAGGUGCGGUGCUACCUGCGGUUUCGGCCCUGCUGGAGCGUUUCCCGUUCCCGUGCUGCUGUGGGUCCGUGGAGAACUGUAAUGGUGUUACCUGAAAUAAUUUGGUGCCUUCUGCGCCCCUCCCGUCCUCUGACGUGUUGGUCGGGCUGCUGAGGGAUGUUAACACAAGUUGAGUGGAUUCCUAGCAAAGAAAAACAACCCAGAUGUUUUCAAGACGCAUGUUUACCUCAUCCCUAGGGAAGGAAGCCCAGAAAGAGCCUCUGCUCUUUGAUGAUCUCCCGCCAGCCACCGGCGUUGGCUCAGGAAGAGGAGGCUCUUUGCUUUUCGAUGAUCUCCCACCAGCCAGCAGUGGUGACACGGCUUCCAGUGCUGCUGAGCAGGUCUCAACAGGAGAGAGCCAUGGGAAGGGGGAGAAGAGAAAGUCCUUGGAGGAGGAAGAGAAGAAUGGCAGGGAAGAACUUGUGGAAAAGAAAGUUUGUAAAGGGUCAGUGGGCAUUCUUGGAUUGAAGGGUUAUGUGGCGGAGAGGAAGGGUGAAAGAGAAGACAUGCAGGAUGCACAUGUCAUCUUGAACGAUAUCACCGAGGAGUGCCAGCCUCUGCCCUCCCAAAUCACACGUGUCUCGUACUUUGCUGUUUUUGAUGGCCACGGGGGAGUCCGAGCCUCAAAAUUUGCAGCACAGAAUCUCCACCAAAACCUGAUAAAGAAAUUUCCUAAAGGUGAGGUAGUCAGCGUGGAGAAAACAGUGAAGAGAUGCCUUUUGGACACCUUCAAACACACAGAUGAUGAGUUUCUAAAGCAGGCAUCCAGCCAGAAGCCAGCAUGGAAGGAUGGCUCCACAGCUACUUGUGUCCUUGCUGUUGACAAUAUUCUCUACAUAGCCAACCUCGGGGAUAGCCGGGCGAUUCUGUGUCGUUAUAAUGAAGAGAGUCAGAAACAUGCAGCCUUAAGCCUCAGUAAGGAGCACAACCCCACCCAAUAUGAGGAACGUAUGCGGAUACAGAAAGCUGGGGGAAAUGUCAGGGAAGGAAGAGUCCUAGGCGUGCUGGAGGUUUCCCGCUCCAUUGGGGAUGGCCAGUACAAACGCUGUGGUGUUAUCUCUGUGCCAGAUAUCAAGCGCUGCCAACUCACGCACAAUGACAGGUUCAUUCUGAUAGCGUGUGAUGGCCUCUUCAAAGUCUUUACACCAGAAGAAGCUGUGAACUUCAUUGUGUCCUGCCUGGAGCGUCGUCUUUCCUCGUCCCAACAGGAUAAGAACAUCCAGACGAGAGAAGGGAAGCUGGAAGCAGAUGCUAGAUAUGAAGCUGCAUGUAACAGACUGGCCAACAAGGCUGUACAGCGAGGGUCAGCAGACAAUGUCACGGUCAUGGUGGUCCGGAUAGAGCACUGAGAGAUGAGGUGCGGCCAGCGGGAUCCCCAGCUUGCAGCAGGUGUAAGGGAAGGGAGAAGUCAGUGCGCGUGCAUGCGUGGCUAGGGGAGGGAGGGUCCUGCUGGAUGCUCUAAAGUGUAAAUAAAGUGGGUUUUUGUGUGUGUUUUUUUUUUUUUUCCUAAUAGUUUUAGCUCAUUUGGAUAGCGAUGUUUUCUAAGUGGCUCCCACAGUGGAUCAGCUUAUGUGGAAAUCUUGUGUACUGUCAACCUCCCAUCAAUGUCUUGGCAAACCAAAUAAAUCCAUUUGGCAGAGGUGCUAGCAAGAGCAGGCAUCGGUGGCAUGAACUCUGCCAGCUGUUCCACACGGUGCA